CGCCCCCUCCAGUGCUGCUAGCGGAAGCCGCCGUCAACAUGGUGCAGGCCUGGUACAUGGACGAGUCCGCCGCCGACCCGCGGCUGCCCCACCGCGCGCAGCCCGACCGCCCGGUGGGCCUGGAGCAGCUGCGCACUCUCGGAGUGCUCUACUGGAAGCUGGAUGCUGACAAGUAUGAGAAUGAUCCAGAACUGGAAAAGAUCCGGAAAGAGAGAAACUACUCCUGGAUGGACAUCAUCACCAUAUGCAAAGAGAAACUUCCCAAUUAUGAGGAGAAGAUCAAGAUGUUCUUUGAGGAGCAUCUGCACCUGGAUGAGGAGAUCCGCUACAUCCUGGAGGGCAGUGGGUACUUCGAUGUCAGGGACAAGGAGGACAAGUGGAUCCGGAUUUCCAUGGAGAAGGGGGACAUGAUCACGCUUCCUGCUGGCAUCUACCACCGUUUCACGCUGGAUGAGAAGAACUAUGUGAAGGCCAUGCGGCUGUUUGUGGGAGAACCUGUGUGGACACCGUACAACCGUCCGGCUGACCAUUUCGAUGCCCGGGUACAGUAUGUGAAGUUCUUGGAAGGAAGAGCAUAGCGGUGCUCCCGGAAGAGGAACUGCACUGUGUGAGGCUCUUGCUGCAGUCACCGAUGGGAAAGUUGCUCACCUCUCUGCGUUUGUAUGUGGACUUGACACUAGACCAGCUCUCCUUGGCAAGAUUGCCAGAUCAGAUUCUUUUUAAUGAAAGCAUCUAUAAAGGUGAUUUUUAUAUGAAUGUCACAAAAAUGUGAACAAGUGAUCUUAAUUUUCCCCAACUCUGUCAAGACUUAGAGGUAUGGGAGCCCUGGGUUGGUGUAUGCAUCAUGCAUGACAGAUGGUCAUGUCCCAGAAGGUCCUUCCGUAGGUGUGUAUUGGAAUGUGACAAUGUGCCCUUUGGAAGGGGGCAGUUAUACCCAGCACAGGUAACCAGAAGGAAGAUGUUUUUCUCCCUCGUUGAUCUCUGGGUGGGGAAGUGGGAUUGUUUGUUUUUCUUCCUUCAGAUUAAAGCAGCUACCUUAAUUAUAUGCUCAUGGUGAGCUGUAUUAUGCUCAUGUUCAUUAAAGCCUCUCACUAGAGUCCUUAUAUGAUUUUAUGUGUGCAUGGCUAAUUUCUACAUCAGGGUAGAAUCUUUUCAGAGUGAUUUCAGGUCCUUUUGUAAUCAAGAGUCAAAAGAAGUAACAUGAUUUUCCUCCUCAAGUGCCUUGGGGCUAGACUGAUAUAGCUUAGAUGUAGACCUCUAACCUAACAUAUGCAAGGCCCUGGGCAUGGGCCCCAGCACCACAAUAAAGAAUAAUAGUGCUGAAACAUG